GUAUCUAAGAUAUGAAACAAUUUUCUAUACACACAUGCACAAGUGCGUCUGACACGCACUCAUGUGCACCUGCGAGAUAGAGAUCCUCGGGAGCUCUGGUAACUCAGUUUUCAGUCCGCUCGCAAAGCACGCGAGCGCAGUUUCUCCGUUGCAAAACUCUUGCCUCGUUUGCCUGUUAACUCGUCCGCAAAAAAGAACAUGCCGACAAUGUUAUCGUGCCGGAAUUAGUUAUCGUUAAUUACUUCAUUGCGUGCAUUCGACGCCUGAUCCUGAAAAAUUCCCGUUUCCAGUUUCCACUUUUCUGGCAUUUCUCCUACAGCAAGUUUCGAGAACUCGCUCGAGUACUCCAGUGCUCUGACUUUAUUCUUGAUACAAGAUUAUUAAAUAAACAUCGAUUUAUCGUUAUUUUUAUGAUGUAAUAUCGAUUUUUACAUGAGAAAUAAAGUGCGAUAGGAAGUUUUGAAAAGAGUGAAAUCUUUGAAGAAAUUAAAAUUUGUUAGUGAUAAACAUGAUGAGCAUGCUUUAUCCUGAAGAUUUGAAUAUCAUCCCGCAGGAUGACAGAAGCUAUCGCAGUGAUGAUUCCGGCGGCGAAGUCUUCAGAAACAUUCCGAAGAACAGUAGCACUUUUCGUGUCUGGAAGAUCGAAGGUCUGCGCGCAACAGCCGUAACCAGCAGCAACAUGGGACUUUUUCUCUCCGAAUCGGCAUACAUCGUCUAUGCUGUAUCAGCGAAGGACGGCGCUCUUCCUUACCCGAGCAUGCCGAUCAAGGACUUGAAGGAUACUUCGGUAGUGCGUGCCAUCCACUUCUGGAUUGGCAUCAACUGCGACUCAACAGUGUCCGGCGCCGCGGCACUUCGCGCCGCCGAGCUCGAUUCACAAACCUCGGCGAUGAUCCUGAUGCGGGAAGCGCAAGGUCGCGAGAGCCCCCGGUUCCUCGCUUACUUCCGGCAGCGAUUGAUCAUCGAGAACCUGCACUUCGACGAUUCGCCCGUUUGCACACUUCAUCGAGUCUCCGGUGUGGCCGUGCCGAUUUUAACAGAGCUGACGAGAGUUGGCUGGGAGCAGUUUAGUUGUCGCGAUGUCAUCCUAGUGGACAUUCACGCGAAAGGUGUCAUCUUCCUGUGGCUAGGAUCCCUAUCAGAUCCACUGCACAAACGUCAUGCUGCUAGUCUCCUAGAGUCCCGAAAAGAGAAUAAUAAUGGUCGUGUAGUGGUGGUCGAGGACGGCUACGAGCAAACGUUGCCCGAAGACGACAAGCAACUCUUCAGCAGCGUGCUGGAUCCCUUGAUGAGAGUGGUGGCGCCUGAUCGCCUGCAUCGCAUCAAUCCACCGAGUCCCAUUAAGUUGUACAAGUGCAGUGAGCAAUCGGGCAAGUACAAGGUCGCCGAAUUGAAGUCCGGGCCGAUUCUUUGCGACGAUCUAACUUCCAAUUCCGUGUAUCUGGUGGAUCGGGGCGAGGCAGGGGUAUGGUCCUGGGUGGGCCGCGAUGUCAAUGCCAGGGAGAGACUAGAAGCUGUUAGAAACGCGCGUGGUUUUGUCAAGAAGAAGAAUUACAGUGACGGCAUGCCGGUGGCCAGGGCGACAGAAGGUCACGAACCGGCGGAAAUGAAAGCAUUAUUGAGAGGCUGGGAACUUUCUAAGACUAGACCACUGACUUUGCCGGCAAGUUUCGAAUCCGAUUACAUGAAUGAAAGACCCAGAAUGGCUGCUGAAUGCCAACUAGUAGAUGACGGGUCCGGCGAACGGACUUUGUGGAGAGUCGAACAGAAGAAGGGCAUGAUCCAGGUAGAGGACGACAGGGGGAUCUAUUAUGCGGAAGCCUGCUACGUGAUGCUAUACAAGUACGGACAGGGACGAAGAUCUCGAAAUAUUAUUUAUUGUUGGGAAGGUGUCCAUUCUAUCAAGGUAGAUCGUGACGCAGCGUUGACGGCAGCUUGUCAUUUAUCCGAAGAGACAAACGCGCAAUUGGUGAAGGCAUCUCAAGGCAGAGAACCACCUCAUCUAUUGCAGAUUUACGAUGGCAAGCUGAAGAUACUUGCUGGACGUCACCGUGAUUCACCACCAAAGAAAUAUCUGGUUAGAGUUUUCGGCUCGACGUCAUACACUUCAAAGGCGGUGGAACGUUCGUUGCGGGCAAGUAGUUUAGAUUCCAGUGCGGUGUUCAUCCUCUUCUCCGGCACACCAAUCGUCUGGUGUGGCAGCAAGAGCACGGGUGACGCUCGACAGGCGUCGCGACGCCUCGCGCCCAGAAAUGCACCCCUCAUUGCUGAGGGUAAGGAGGACGACGAUUUCUGGCUCGAGCUUGGAGGAAGAGGCACUUAUGGUGCGGAGACCGAGGAAGUCGGUGAGGAACUGGAUAAACACCUCUUUCAGUGCCGCACCGAGAAUGGCCUCUUCGUGGGCGAGCAAGUUCUCGGAUUCCGACAGAACUCGUUAAUACCAGAAGCCGUCUGGUUGCUGGACGCCGGUAGCGUGAUCUGGGUGUGGAUAGGCAAAUUCUCUGUUCCAAAGACAUUACAAGAAUGUGUCGAGGAUGCUACUAUAUAUCUUUACACACAUCCCGCAGGUCGAAAUCGCAAUACGACCAUCUCGGUGAUCAAGCAAGGUUUGGAACCGGCUACUUUUAUCGGGCUAUUCGAGAACUGGAACCACAAUCUACUAAGGGACUACAAGCCGUUCGAAGUUUUCUGCGGCCUGAUAGAGGACAGAGAUCAAUCGACGAGAACGCCGAUGGCCAAGGCCACUACGGACUUCGAUAAUUACAUCAAGUACCCACCGGCGACGCUGAAGAGCGAGCCAGAAAACCUGCCAACCGGUGUCGAUGUCAGACGCAAAGAGAUGCAUCUGACUUAUGAUAAUUUCAUCGCAAUCUUCAAGAUGGAACCCGCGGAAUUCGAGAAAUUGCCUGCCUGGAAGAGGCAGCGGCUCAAGCAGACCGCUGGACUCUUCUAAAGUUUAUAAAUCGUUUUCGCUCCUCAGGAUAUAUU